ACUAAUUUUAUUUGUUAUGAAUUAUUCUAAAAUCCGCGGGCCUUGACAUGAUUAUUUUUUGUGUCGUUGGCAGCACUGAGUCGAUUUUCGGUGUCACAAUAAUGGCUGUUUGCGUCGCUGUUAUUGGAAAAGAUAAUUCUCCGCUUUACAUUGGCGGCGUCGGAAACGACACAAGUACCGACAAUGAACUAUCUCGACAGUGGUUGGUUCAUACGGCUUUAGAUGCUUUAGAAGAACGUCUCGCCUCCACUAACAACAGCAACACCAGCUCCGGCUCAAACGCAGCGCGAACAGAUCUGCGAGACCUAUACUUGGGAUUGCUUUACUCAACGGAUACGCACAAAAUCUAUGGAUAUGUGACGAACACAAGAAUCAAGCUGGUGCUGGUGACUAACUCAGCGUCACCGAGUGGCAACAACAUCCGCGACGCCGAGGUGCGGACCGCGCUGCGUCGCCUGCACUCUUUGUACGCCGAUGCCAUUUGCAACCCAUUCCACUUGCCUGGUGAUCAAAUUACUUCUGCGAAAUUUGACAAGCAAGUGAAAAAUCUGAUGGCGAACAACAUUUAACUAUUAACUAAUUUAUUUAUACAUAUUUUUAUGGGUCUUUCAUUAUGGUGAAUUUUUAUUAAUGCUUUUUCAACCUGCUCUGUGCGAAUGUAAUUGAAAAUAAUAGCCUUAAGUAACCACUAUAAAGUUUACGCGAACGUAUUAAUCUGUCUCGGUGGUUUUAUAGGUACAUUCAUGUCACUAAAAUCAUAAAAGUCUGAGUUUUAUUUUUAAUAUAGGCACUUUAAUUUUUAUUUUUAAUGUAACUGAAAUAUGUUAUUAAAUACCUCCUGAAAUAGAACAUUUUUACCGAAGGGAUGAACUCCGUCUUUUUCGUUUCCGAGGCGGGGUUUGGCGCCUGAGCGUAGCGACGGCUCUAAUAAUCCGGGAGAUAACAUAAGGGGCUCUCCCGAGGUAAACACUUUGCUUUUCAUUACAAAUGCGAGGGAAUAAAAAAUAAAAACAUGAAUUUAAAAGAUAA